AUGAAUAUUUUAACGGUGACCAGAAUUGAUGCAAAUAAUCAAAAUGUGACUUUUUCAUUGAUGGACGAACUAUUGUGGAGGCGACAUUACACCAAAAUUAUUGUGUUCUUUGAAAGUGAUGAUGACACGGAUGAACAUCAGCUUGUAAACCUAUUUGAAGAUAGUUUUAAAAAUGGUUAUCUAUCUGUUUUGGUCUUGUGGCAUAAUGACACAUACACCUAUACACCAUAUCCCCAGAUACGAGUUAUACAUUUGAAGGACUACGUGGAAUUUGGAGAGCUACAAAAACGAAGACCCUAUAAUUUCAAUAAAUUUCAUAUCAAUACAGCAUUUGUCGAAUAUCCACCACGUUGCUUUAGUUUUCAUAAUCGUCAAGGUGAACUAAUUAGAUCCGGAUAUUUUUAUAAGAUUGUGGAAAAUUUUGUAAAACAUCACAAUGGUACGCUGCAGCCGGUGUUUGUUGAUGCCUGGGGCAUAAGUUUUAAUGAGACGUCCAUCGUAGAUCUGGUAAAUAAUCGUGGCUUUAGCUUUAUUCCCACCUAUUUAACGGCUAGUAAGCACUAUGAGAGCAGUGAUUGUAUUCACUUUGGCAAAUGUUAUCUACUCGUUCCGGCUGCACGGGAAAUCAAGCAGAAUUUAUAUCUGCUGGUAUCCUUCGAUAAGGGCAUGUGGUUCAUGGUGGCUCUUCUGCUAGUGAUACUGACUGCAAUAGUUGCUCUUAUCAAUCGCCUUUAUUUCAAUAAACGUAACGUUAUCGAACCUAUAAUACACGCUCUAAGGAUUAUAAUCUUCAUAUCGGGUCAGGUAUUUGUGAAUAAGACGCCCUUAUUUUAUAUGCUACACCUGUUAUUUCUCUGCAUCGGUUUAUUUCUCACGAAUAGCUACAGCGCCAAUCUUUCCAGCAUGUAUACCUCACGGAUAUAUGAGGAAGAUUUGAAAACCCUACGGCAUGUGGGACGCACAAAAAUGGGCAUACACACCUACACAUUGGACUAUAAAAACUACUUAGCAUUGGAGAAUUUACCCGACAUUGUCUAUCAGCGUAUCUUCACUGGCAAUAACACCGAAUUCUAUAUCAAUCGUAAAUCUCUAAAUAUUGUCAACAUUUAUAUGGGCAUGGAUGAUGUUAUCGAGUUGUUGCUAUAUCAGCAGAUACAUUUGAAAAGGCCAUUGGCUACGUAUAUCCCCGAGCCAUUGUUUACAACGCCCAUGUCUGUUUCAAUGCCGCAUCGUUUGUCAUUCGUCGAGUAUUUCAAUCGCCAUUUGUGGUAUCUGGCUGACAGUGGAUUAUUAAACAAAUUCAAGGCAGAUAGUAAAUGGGAUGGUAUUGUGGGCAGAACCAUAACAUUUUUUCCCGAUACUUCACCAAAUCGAGCCAUGUCAUUGGCGUAUUUAGAAUAUGCCUUUGUAAUGUUAUUAAUUGGAUUAUCUGUGGGUCUGUUGAUAUUCAUUGUGGAAAUGGUACGUUAA